GCACUUGUUUAAGCAAGAACACUGCUUUUAUAAAGAGAGGAUCUUGCUCUGCGUAGUCUUCACUUAAUAAUAUAUUGUAAAUAUCUUUCCAUGUAGUUAAGUAUGUCAUGGUGUUCAGUGGUCACUCCAUUGUGGAUGGACUGUGGCUUAAACAACCCCCAGUGUCGGAAAUGCCUACCAGGCUGAACCUUAUUGGAGACCAAACUAAGCCCAUUUUGGGAGCUGGCCAGUGCCAUAUCCUCUGUCUCCUAUGAGGACCAGCUAAGUCUGUUCUUCCAUCUCUCACCUCUCAAUACCUUCCUAUGUGGCUCUGGACCACCUGUUGAAGCCCCAGCAUGCCUUGUUCAAACUCCCAGAAGUCAUGGAGAAAGGGAGGCCCAAACACAGUGAGAAAACACCAAGGCAAAGGCAUGGCUGGGAUCCCAGCACAGACUCCCCGUCCUCCUGCUGCUACAGCCUUGGCUGAACCGAGCCUUUUCCUUACAGUGUUUGGCUUGGAUGUUAGACUAGGCCCUGACAGCUCUGGCUGGGCUGCCCUUGCCAAGGCACACCGCCUCUGCUGCCAUCUGAUGGCCGGCUUUGCAGCCACAGCUGCCCUGGUCCCCUCCAUGCCAGAAAGCUACUGCCAGGGCUACUCCCUGCGGUGGGACUCCCCGGCCCUGGCCUUGGCGCGACGGGGUUCAUUACCUUGA